UCCCUCUCCCUCUCCCUCUCCUGUAACAGACCCUGCACAGUCUCUUCUUUCUUUGGAGCCGAAGAAAGACGGACCAUCCUUUCCUGGGACUUCGCACCAAACCCGCCAAAUCUACCCAUCUCCAUUUGCUUUACAUUGAUUUGAUCAUCAUUUCAUUCCCAAUCACUUACUCUAUUGCGUCUAGUCAUGUAGAUACUCACUGCACGUAUACAAAAAGCCCAGUCUUUAGUUUUUCUAGUCUUCUCUUUUUGCAGGUUCUUGUACAGUGGAAUCGUCGUUUUGCUACUCUGUACUGUCGUUUUCCCCCUUUCACCGAAUCAUACUACAUUAUUGCACGGUCUUUUGCGUUAUAGAGAUUAUCUUUUUGUGUUUUUUCGUGUUUGGCCCAUUUGGGUUCUCUUCUUUUAGCUUUAGGACCAUUCUUUGCUGUGUUGUGGUUUUAGCUUGUUCGCUCGACAAAGUCCAUGGCUUUCUGGUUCUUCUUUGGUGGGUUUUACGGAGAUUUUAGGGGUUUUUCAAUUUGAUUGUUGUGCUUGAGGGGAUUUUAUGCUUGGGGUGACCUGGGUGGUUGAAUUUCUCGUUGUUGGUUGGGGAGAUGAGCGAAGCGAAUGGGAAGACGACAGGGUCGUCUUUGGCCAUCAUUGAGAAGAGAACUCAUCGACCUGGUGGUUGUGUUGGUAUUCUCUUCCAUCUAUUCGAUUGGAACCGUAGGUUUGUCAAGAAGAAGCUCUUCUCCCGGAGACUACUUCCUCCAGUUCGUGCGAAACAAGUUUCAAAGAAGUUUGCAGAUGAGAAGAUGCCCCAGGCAAAGCUUAAACUGAUUACUGACGAGAAUAGUGGGGGUUUUCCACAUCUAAAGAUAAAUGGGAAUCAUAGUGUUUCUGAUACGGGGCAAACCCAUGAAAUGCGCGAUCCAGGUUUGGUUGCUAGGCUUAUGGGUCUUGAAUCUAUCCCAGAUAUGAAAGGAGAUAGACCCAAAAAUGUUUCAGAAGCGGGGGGAGAGAAAUUUGUUAAUAGUCCUGUUGGGUGUGAAAGGGGGGAUUUAAGUUUAGACAAGGUAAAUGCAAAGCUUGAUUUCAGACCUCAAAAGCUUCAGAAAACUGGGCAGUGCCAGAGACAAGCUGUAACUAGAUUUGGCGCUGAUGCAUUGAAUAUUAAGAGCAUUUUGUCACGAAGUAGAAAGCAUCAUCACCCCAAGCUUGCUCCCCCAGUGAAAAGUCCGAGAACCUCCUCUGCGAGGAAUUCAUGUAGGGCAUCUCGGUUGAUUGAUGCUGCUACAAGAAUUCUGGAACCUGGUUUGCAAGCUACAAAUAGAGCAAAAUGCACUCUUACUUAUUCAAGUUCCAUGCAUUAUCAAGUGAAAGAUGAUGAUGUUUUGAUUGAGGAAGCAAGAACUCCGUCACCAGAAAUAGCAAUCCAAUCCAAUUGUAAUGCGAAUGUGGGAACAGGUUUGAUGGGUCAGACUUCUUGCAAAAAAUGUGGCAAUAUGCUUGAUGUUGUCAAUUCAAGAUUAAAUUUGGAGCAUCAUCCACUUAUUUAUCCGCCUCCUGCUCUUAAUAUAGUCAAUGCCUCCUCACUAGAAGUAGGAAGAAGUAAGGCAAGGGUACCUGUGUCCUCUCUUGAGCAGGAAAGAGAAGCAAUGUCUCAGAGACCUCGAGACCAUCCCAUAUCACUUGGUGGUCUCAAAAAAAGCAGCAUUCAAGCUCAAGAUGAUCCCACAGAGGAGACGAAGCCACGAUGUCAAGAAGGUCAACCUCAUUGGAAUUUGGCAAGCCAUCAGUGCAAGGUUCCAAGAGAUGAAUCAUCUUUUUGUGCCUCCAAGGUCAGGAGUCAAACAUUGAAUCGGAUGCCCUUAGCUAGAGAGAGAAUGCCACCAAGGGCUAAAUCAAGUAAUUUAGGAAGCAGGAGAACGUCAGUGGCUGCCAAUGCUGUGACUGAAGCCAAAGAUUUUAUUUCUUUGAACAGAAGCUUAAGUGGUCGAACCCCACUAAGGAUAACCCCUAAGGUGGAUACUUCUAUGUUUGAUGCCAAUAAACAAUUUAGCAAUGUGCAGGAUAAAUCCUUAUCAAAUUUGAGAGCCCCAGUGCGGAAAAGGAGGGCGAUAAGUGUCAAUAGGCAAACUGAAAGUCCUUGUGGCAAUUCUGCAUUUGGAAAGAAAAGAAACGCCAGGUGUGGUGGUGUGACUGGGAAAGAGAUGGGGGUUGAUGCUGCCUCCCAGAGUAUUACAAGAAGAUCAGCUGGUCAUUGUGAGCUUGAUAGACCCAGUGCCCAUAAGGAAAAUGAUGUUGUGUCUUUUACCUUUAAUUCCCCACUGAAAUAUAAGGCUGGAAUUUCCUCUCAACUGAAGCUGAAAAGAGAAGAUGAAAUUGACAUAAUUAGGAAGAUUACUUGUGAACAGCACAAGGAAAUAGUGGAUGAAAGUGCGAAACAUGUGUCUUUGCAGAAGCAAUUGCCAUUGAAAGGGGAUGCUUUAGGUGCUCUUCUGGAACGGAAGUUGAAGGAAUUGACUUGUCAAGAAGAGGAGGAAGUGGUAACUGGGGGUAACCCAGCAAAGAGAUCCGCUGCAAGUAUUCUUCAGGAGCUAAUAUAUUCUUUAACUGUCGAGCCGCCUAUGUCUGAAGAUGGUCAUAUUUUCGAUGUUGAAAAUGCUUUCCAGUUUGUACAGAGCAAAGCAAAGAAAGGAGGGACUUGUAUUGGAUUUUCAAGUGAUGCUGUUCAUCUUAGUCCUGGAUCUGUUCUAGGAGUUUCAUUCUCAACUGACAGCUGCGCUUCCAGCUGCUUAGAUAAUAUCUCAGGACAUAGGCUGAACUUUGACUCCAUUGACUACCAUGAACAGUUGCAACCAACAGAACCUGAUCCCGAUCUCCUUGAUUCAGCAACGUUCUUUAAUGAAAGGGCAAUUGAAGGACAUAUGGGUUCCAAUAUUGCAAAUCAUGUUUCUGAGAUACUAAAUAGCAUCAAUCUCGGGGUUGGAUUGACUGGAAAGCAACUUAGUCAUGCUAAGGGAGUUAUCUUGAAUGCUGAACUGUUAUUCAGAACUGCAACUCAGCAACACACAAAUGGAAUAAGAGAUUCUUUCUUCGACCCCUUUCUACUUGAUGAACUAGAAUCUCUCGCUCGUGAGAUGUGGACGAACAUCAACUGUCUUGUUGGUUUUAUAGAGACCAAAGAAGGAAAUAAUAUAUUUAGGGGAUUCCUUUUCGACUGUGUAAUAGAACUAUUAGAUUCAAAAUAUUGCAGAUACUGUAACUCUGGAGUCGAGGCAUUUGCAAGAUUGCCAUCAUAUAUGAAUGCAGAAAAGCUUGUUCAAGAUGUUGGAGAAGAGAUUCAAAGGUGGGAAAGUCUUGCUGGGAUGAUUCCAGAUAAACUACUAGAUUGGGAUAUGAGUCACUCCUUAGGCAAAUGGGUAGAUUUUGAUAUUGAAGCAUUUGAAAAUGGCGUGGACAUAGACCGGGACAUACUUCAAAUUCUGGUCGAAGAAAUUGUGGUAGACUUGUGGGAGUGUAGGGUGACUUCUUUUCAGUGACAUAUCGACUUCCACACCUUUCUUUCUUUCUUAUGUUAGUUGAUGCUACAUGCUCGAACUUGCUCUGUAUGACUAUUUGCUGAAAUAUAAUGUUGUACAAAUUGAUGGGGGG